AAGCAUUCACCAAUUCACCAGUCGGUGGUCAUCAUUCGGUCACGACGGACGUUACUAGGUAUAAAUUCGAAACUUAAAUAAUGUUACGAUAAUUGCAUUUGACAUACUUUUUUUUUUAAUUAAGUGUUUGUGGCCAGUCUCAUCGUAGUGGUUUUUAUAGUUUUAUUUUAAUUCCAUUAGUGUUCUAAAUUGAAAUUAUUUACUUAAUUUAUUUUUAAUACGCGUAAAAUAAAAUUUUAAUUAAAAUUCGACCGCAUCACUACCUGCUACUGUACAAGCGGCAAGUUUUUAUGAUGUGGCGGCUUGUCUUCUUGGUGGUAGCGGUGAGGGGUGCUUUCGUGGAUGAUCUUCCGCCGUCCUGCAGCAAAUUGGUUUACUGUGACAGUCAACUGUUACACCAUGUGCAGCUUCAACGUAUCUUCAAGGACUCGAAGACUUUUGUCGAUCUCCAAAUGCGUAAUGAUCAAAAUACCACUUUGGCGGCAUUCGAUGAUCUAUUGAAUGAGACGAAUAAUAAUCCAACUGCUGAACAGCUGAAAUCAUUCGUCGAUAAAUAUUUCGAUGCGACCAGCGAACUCGAGGACUGGACACCUGAAGAUCACACGGACAAUCCCGCUUUCCUUCAGAGUAUUCGAGAUGAGCAAUUGAAGAAAUUCGGCAAGGAUAUUAAUGGGGUCUGGCCCAUUCUUGGUAGAAAAGUCAAACCGGAGGUAUUUGAGAAACCUGAACAGUACAGCCUUGUGCCAGUUUCAAAUGGUUUCAUAAUUCCUGGUGGAAGAUUUAAGGAAAUAUAUUAUUGGGACACGUAUUGGAUAAUAGAAGGUUUGCUUAUAAGUGGUAUGCGGGAUACUGCAAGAGGUGUAAUCGAGAAUCUUAUAGAAAUUUUGAAGAAGUUCGGACACAUUCCCAACGGUAGCAGAUGGUAUUAUCAAGAGAGGAGUCAACCGCCGCUAUUAACUGCUAUGAUGUCACUUUACAUUCGAGAGACGCAAGAUAUAGAAUUCCUGAAAGCUAAUAUUAAUGCUCUUGAAGACGAAUUAAAAUACUGGUUGGAUACAAAAAUUGUUGCAUUCGACAAGGACGAACAAUCUUACACUUUACUUAGAUACUUCGCUCCGAGUCUCGGGCCUCGACCAGAAUCUUAUUAUGAAGAUUACACGGAUGCCCAGCAGUUCGAUACACAAGAACGAAGAAAUGAGUUCUAUAUUGAUUUGAAGAGCGCCGCUGAGAGCGGUUGGGAUUUUUCUUCUCGAUGGUUUAUCGAUUCGAAUGGAGAAAAUACUGGUGAUUUGAAAACGAUUCGUACACGAGAUAUAAUUCCAGUAGAUUUGAAUGCAAUAUUUGCAAAUGCUCUUCAAAAUAUGGCAUACUUUAGAGCAAUUCUAAAGCAGCCACUACAUGCAGCGCAUUGGGCUUAUAUGGCAAAGCAAUGGAAGAGUUCUAUCGAAGAGGUACUGUGGAAUGAAGAACAUGGUAUAUGGUAUGAUUACGAUAUAAGCAACAAUCAGCACCGCAGAUAUUUCUACCCGACGAAUAUCGCACCGCUGUGGAUGGGAGUGGUGGAUAAGCGUCUAGUUAAGAAGCACGCACCGCGUGUAAUGAAAUACUUGAGUAAUUCACCGGGUUUGAAAUAUCCAGGCGGAAUCCCGGCAUCCUUGAUCAAUAGCGGAGAGCAAUGGGAUUUCCCGAACGCAUGGCCUCCACUAGUCAGUAUGGUAGUAAAUGCUCUGGAAGCGUUAGGUACUGACGAUUCUAAGGAGUUGGCUUUUUACGUUGCGCAAACGUGGGUUCGAGCUUGUCACAAGGGAUUCACGGAAAAUAAACAGAUGUUCGAAAAGUAUGACGCUGAAACACCUGGAAGGUUCGGUGGAGGUGGAGAAUACACAGUACAAUUUGGAUUCGGCUGGUCGAAUGGAGUUGUCUUAGAGUUUCUUACCAAAUACGGUAGACGGUUGACAGCUGUUGAUAACCCUGAUAAAUAUGGAGGAUCGAGUGUGGACAGUUCAAGUUCAAGUGAUUCUUCUGAUUUGCAAGAUUCGGGAAGUGAUGAAAAAAACCCAGAUUUUCCAAACACAGACAGAAUGUUGAAGUUUCAACGAUUGUCCUUCUAUCCAGUUCUGGGACUGCUAGGAGCGUAUGUACAAGCAUUUACUAAAAUAGAUGUGUGCAAUUCUUCCAUAUACUGCUCUGGUGACCUCCUUCAUAAAGUCCAGCUGGCAAGGAUCUAUCCUGACUCUAAAACAUUUGUGGAUUUGAAACUCGUGUACUCAGAAAAUGAUACGUUAGACAACUUCGCUAAACUGAUGGACGCUACAAAUAAAAAUCCAUCAAGAGAAGCGCUUAUACAAUUCGUUAAUAAAUAUUUCGUCGAUGGAAAUGAACUAUCACACUGGAGCCCGCCUGACUUUGAUGCCAAUCCACCAAUUCUUGAACAAAUCUCCGAUCCAAAAUUAAAACAGUUUGCAAAGGAUGUGAUUCAAAUCUGGGCUCGAUUGGGUCGGAAAGUAAAUCCAGAUAUUAUGGAACAUCCCGGUCGCUCUAGUCUUAUAUAUGUGCCAAAUGGAUUUAUUGUACCUGGUGGACGAUUUAAGGAAUUAUAUUAUUGGGAUUCGUAUUGGAUGGUACGAGGCCUUAUUAUAAGUAACAUGACUGAAACAGCAAAAGGUAUGAUUGAAAAUCUUUUGUAUUUAGUAGAAAAAUUAGGUUACAUGCCGAAUGGUAGCCGGCUAUACUACCUCGGAAGAAGUCAUCCACCUUUGCUCACUGCUAUGGUGGCAAGCUACUUUACAGCUACAGGAGAUCUGGCGUGGUUAGCGAAACACAUUGCCACCGUUGAAAAAGAGUUACAUUAUUGGCUUACCAAUAAAAAAAUUGAGGUUGAACUUAAAGGAAAAAAAUACAUGCUUCUGCGAUACAUUGCUGACAAAACCAACAAUGGCCCUCGUCCUGAAUCAUAUUAUGAAGAUUUCACAAAUGCUCAAAUCUUUCCAAAUGAUGACAUGCGUGAGGAAUUUUAUUUACAAAUUAAAAGCGCAGCAGAAAGUGGAUGGGACUUUUCGUCUCGCUGGUUUAUGUUUUCCAACAAAGAUGUUAACUUGACCAGUGUUCAUCCUACGUCUAUCUUGCCUGUAGAUUUAAAUUCAAUUUUCGCCGGCGCUCUAGAAUUUGCGGGAGAUUUUAGAAAUCAUCUAAAAAAUCGGCGGGAAGCUCAAAAAUGGUGGAGUCUCGCUAAGUAUUGGCGAAGUGCAAUCGCGAAUGUUUUGUGGGACUCUGAAGAUGGUAUUUGGUAUGAUUAUGAUCUCAAAGCCAAAGCAUUUAGGAAACAAUUUUAUCCAAGCUGUGCUACCCCAUUAUGGACUCGUGCUGUCGAGGUAGAUCAAGCGUCUGAGUAUGGGGCUCGUUUGGCAAAGUAUCUUUCAUCUUCAGGGGCUAUGGAUUUUCCUGGUGGAGUACCAACAUCAAUUUCACAUUCGGGUGAGCAAUGGGACUUUCCCAAUGCAUGGCCGCCACUUCAAAGCAUCAUAAUCGGUGGUCUAUAUAAUAGUGGAGAUGAAAAAGCGAUACAAAUGGCGAAAGAUCAAGCGAAAAUUUGGAUACGUGCGAAUUAUAUAGGUUAUACAACAUGGCAAAAGAUGUUCGAGAAAUAUAAUGUUAUGAAACCAGGCCACGAAGGUAGCGGUGGAGAGUAUAGCGUCCAAGAUGGGUUUGGAUGGACCAAUGGCAUUGUCUUGGAAUUGUUGCAGAGAUAUGGUAAAGAUUUAACAUUAAACGAUAGAACCGUGCCAUCGACACCGUAUGUGCAAGUACAACAGGUAUAAAAAAUAAUAGUUGAAUUAAUAAACUACAAUUCAAGUAGGUACAAUUUUGUAAUAAAAAAAGCUGUAAAGUGUUGAUUGGGUAAUUAAAAUAAUUUAACAGAUAGGUAUUGUAUGUAUAAAUAAGUAGUCAUCUAGCUAUUUAUUAUUGUUUAGUAUAAGCAAAAAGUGAUAUCUAAUAUUUUUGUCGUUUACAAAUACCGUGAGAAUACUGAAAGAGAAUAUUUUAUAAUACAAUAAAUUGUUUUGUUGCCAA